CGUAGUAUUGGCACUUGGGCGGGCGGGUUCAGUUUGGGCGCGAUAUACGCUGAAAACAAGUCUCUUUUUAAAGUGCAGUGCUGUGAAAAAUAAGAAAAGAUUUUUUUACAUUUAUUUUUUAUUAUUAUUUGUGAUGGGUGCCGAUGAUCCCAAUGCGUUGGCUGCUGUGGAAUUCGAGGUUUAUGGACAGGUCCAAGGUUGUUACUUCACGAAGUAUUGCAAGGAGUUGGCAGAACAGCUCGGUGUCGGCGGUUGGGUGAAGAAUUCCAAGAAAGGCACCAUCGUCGGGAAGAUACAAGGGACUAAGGCACAGCUUGAUCAUAUGAUUGAUUGGCUGAGUACCACAGGCUCCCCCGGAUGUAAAAUCGAGAAGUGUGACCUUACGAACUGGGAGUACGUCGCGAAGAUCGCGUACACCGACUUCACCGUACGAUUUUGAUACUUUUGUGCUUUUAAUUCUUUUUUUCUAACAUUUUUUUUUGUAAUAAAUGUAAGUAUUUAAACUGGGCGUAU